AUGAAAAAAAAAGGUGAUGGUUGUCCUGCUGAUGAUGAUGUUGAUGAGGACAUUGACAAUGAACCUGAUUCUGAUGUUGAAAUACAACAACCACAACAACAGCAACAACAAUUACAUGAACAACAUAAAAUACAUUCCUUAAGUCCGCCCAAUAAUAAUAUUAAUAAUAAUAAUAAUUUAUUAACAACUGAGGAUAGAGAACAAACUUUAGAAUUUUAUAAAAAAUUGGCAAAUAAUAAUAAUAAUAAUAACAAUAAUAGUAACAAUAAUAACAACAACAAUAAUAAUAAUAAUAGAACUUUAUCAUCAUCAUCAUCAUCAUCACCACCACCACCAUCAUCAUCCCAACAGUCAUCACAUGAGAAAACGGCGGCGCAAAAAGUUGAAGCAUUAGCUGUAGCAGCUGCUGCUCAAGCACAUUUAAAUGGAACCAUGCAAGACAUGAUAAAUUUGCAAAAGUUACAAAAUUUUGCAUCUCUACAACAACAACAGUUACAAGAACAACAAAAUCAACAGCAACAACAUCAUCAAUCGCACUCUUCGGUUCCAACAGCAGCAGCACUUGCAAGCCUUCAAGGAUUAGCUGGUAUAUCAUCUGCAGUAGCAUUAAAUUCACCUUUAAAUUUAAGUGUUGGUUCUACAUCAUUAUUAACAUCAUCAACAUCAUCAUCAUCAUCUGGAAAUCCAAAAUUAUCACAAAAUAUUGGUGGCAAUAUUGGUUGUGGUAAUGGUAAUGGAAAUACAAAUACUCCUUUAACAUUAGGUGGUGUUGUCGGUUCUGGAGUUAAUAAUGUUAAUAAUUUAGUUGGUUGUAAUUCACCUAGUGCUGGUAUACAACAAAUGCCACAAUUAAUAUUAGCAUCAGGUCAACUAGUUCAGGGUGUACAAGGAGCUCAAUUAUUAAUCCCAACGUCACAAGGUAUAUCCGUACAAACGAUUUUAACGAUACCCGUCAGUCAACAAAUUAAUACCAACGAACAAUUUUUACAAAAUUAUUCAGCAUUGAAUGCUAGUGCAGCUGCAUUUAAUAAUUUAAAUUUGAGUGCACAUCAAAUACCAUCAAUACCUUCAGCUCCUAAUAAUUUAUUAAAACCGAAUUUUUUCCCUACUGGUGUACAACAAUUAUUAGCUGCAUUACAUCCGCAACUAUUUCAAAAUACUGGAAAUUUACAAUCAUCAGUAGCUGAUCAAGUUAAUCAAUCAGCAGCAGCUGCUCAUCAGGUACAAAUGGCUCAAGAACAACAACAAAAAAUGUUACAUUUACAACAACAGCUUCAAAAACACCAACAACAUCAACAACAGCAGCAGCAGCAACAACAACAGCAUAUGCAGCAACACAAACAAUCACAGCAAUUACAAAAUACAGUACGUCAACAACAAAAUGAUGCACCAUCUCCAAGAAAUGAUGUUAUGUCAAAUCAAGGUCAUUUAUUAGAUAGAAGCAUGACAUCUGCUAUACAAAUACGUACGACACCACAUUUAAGCCCAAGUGCUCAACAUCCCAAAGAAAGUCCAUCACAGUUAUCAUCAGCAUCAUCAUCUGGAGGUGGUGGUGCUGGUGGAAUGGGUCAAACUUCUUCAAGUGUUGCUGCUGCUAUUGGAAGUGGUCAAAAUUCUUCGACAUUAGGUUUUAAUUUAUCGCAACAUGAUAAAUCACGUAUAACUGGAACACCUCCAAAUACAUCAUCAAAUAGUUAUUCAUCACCAUCCGGAUCUCAAUUAUAUCGUAGUCAUUCACCUAAUGGUCAUCAAAUGGCAUCAUCAACUUCAUCAGCUUCACAUAGUUUAAGUAGUCAAAUGAAUCCGAAUGCGACAUGUGUCCUAAGUAACAUCAAUAGAUUAACAUCAUCAAAUGGUGAAUUAACGAUAACAAAAUCACAUGGUCCAACAAGACAUUCAUCACCAUCACCAUCACCAGGUCCAAUACAUAGUAGUCAUCAUAGUAGUAGUAGUCAUUUACAUCAUCAUCAUCAUCAUCAGCAACAACAACAACAACAACAGCAACAACAUCAAUCUUCAUCAUCAAUGAAAAUGAGUCCAAAUUCAAUACAUCAAAUGUCGCCAACUAGAACUGAAACAUCGACAGCAGAUUUAUUACUUGAUUCGCCAAAUGAACCAACAAUUAAUCAAGCAACAUGUAAUGUUGUCGAUGGCAUUGAUUUAGAUGAAAUAAAAGAAUUUGCCAAAGCAUUUAAAUUGCGAAGAUUAUCAUUAGGAUUAACACAAACACAAGUUGGUCAAGCAUUAUCGGUAACAGAAGGACCAGCUUAUAGUCAAAGUGCCAUAUGCAGCGCUCUCGCUGCACAGAUGUAUGCUGCUCAGCUGUCAACACAACAACAGAACAUGUUUGAAAAACUUGAUAUCACUCCAAAAAGUGCUCAAAAAAUUAAACCUGUUCUUGAACGAUGGAUGAAGGAAGCUGAAGAAAGUCAUUGGAAUCGUUAUAAAACUGGUCAAAAUCAUUUAACUGAUUUUAUUGGUGUCGAACCAUCUAAAAAACGAAAACGGCGAACAUCAUUUACACCACAAGCUUUAGAAUUAUUAAAUGCUCAUUUUGAAAGAAAUACUCAUCCAUCAGGAACUGAAAUUACAGGAUUAGCUCAUCAAUUAGGAUAUGAGAGAGAAGUUAUACGAAUUUGGUUUUGUAAUAAAAGACAAGCCUUAAAAAAUACUGUUAGAAUGAUGUCAAAAGGAAUGGUUUAAUAAUAAUAUUUUUAUCAUAAAAUAUAAAAAUUUAAAAUUGAAAAAAAUCAAAAAGUUGUGUUUAAAAAAAAGUUUUCUUUUUCGUUUGUUAAGAAAAAAAAUAAUGCUCAAAAUAUAAAUUACAAAAUACAAAAUAUUUAUACAGAAAUGAAAUUAUAAUUUGUACAAAAAACAAAAAAUGUGUCGUAUGUAAUUUAAAUUUAUUUUGUCGUAAUAGAAUUUUUCCUGUUAUUUCAAGUUUUUUUUUUUUUAAAUUCAUCAAAAAAAUACUUAAAAAAAUAAGUUCAACUAGAAAUCAGUUCAAAUUUAAAAUUAUUGUGCUAAGUAUUAUUAUACUAAGUCAGAUUUAUUAAAAAUUUUUAUAAAUUCUAGCCACAAAUAGAAACGAUUACAAAAAAUUCAAUUUUACUUAUGUUAAUAUUAUGGGACGUAUAAAUUUUAAAUGUGCAACAAUAACUGAGAAACAUUUAAUAAUUUGCUCUAUUUUUUUAGCUCCAAGAAUUACGAGUAUCAUUAGUACACAUUCAUACUUCAUUUGUAUUACAAUAUUUUGCUUCUUCUACGUAUCCACCACUCGUAUUCCAGUCCAUUGUCUGACGUUUCUUAGUCAAGACACUUCUGCUUUCUUCCCACACGCCUUCUUCCUUCAAUUUUCCCUUGUAAAAUUAGCUAUAGUAUGAAGUAUUUUUCAUUACGCAUCAAAUUACCGAAAAAUGUUGUACAAAAUUAAUUACAAUAUUUAAAUUUAUUUUAUUGAGUAGUUGUUCUUAGUAUGAAUUUUUCAUAGAAAUUUUGGUUUCAGAAUGUUAUCAUUUACCCUAAAAUCACUUUUAAAUUCAUUUUAAACACAUGCACUAUUGGGUUUUAAUGGGUUUAUUCUAUUUGUAUGCCUGCACAAUUUGGGUUAAUUUAAAUUUUGUACAAUUUUGAAAAUUCUAUUUGAGCAAAUUAAAAAUUGAGCUUAGUAAAAUUUAUAAAAGUUUUCUGUACUUUUACCCAAAAUAUUUACACAGAAAAAUAUUUUAUAUUAAAAAUCAUUUGGACCGAUUGUAAUUUAAAAUAACUUUAUGUAUACUUUUUUUUUAUAUACUCAAAAAUUUCUUUAAAUAUUCUUUAAAAUGUGGAGGUCUUUAAAUAAGAGAAAAUUAUAAUAAUUAUUAAUAAUACUCGUUUUUAUAAAAUAUUAUUAUUCGUAAACAAAAAUUGUAAAAUUUUUAGUAAACAAUCGAAAAACAAAAAAAAAACAAAAACAAUUAAAUGUGUCAUAAAAUGUAUAUAUACAGUACAACCUAGUUAAAAGUGUGCCAUGACAUCAUUAUUUUUUUUUUUAUUAAUUUCUUUAAUGUAUAACAAAAAUUAUGUAUAAAAAGGAAAAAAAAAACCUAAUUUUAAUAAGUCGUUAUUUUAUUCAUAAAAUUUAAUAUAUUAUUUUUGUUUUUAGAAAAUCAUAAAACACACACAUACAUAUAUACACAAAAUGAAAACAAUCACACAUUUAAAAGCAAAAAAAAUUAAAAUAUUAAAAACUAAAAUUGUAAUAACUAGCUAGUAAUAGUAAUUUU